CUACUAUAUAUAAUAUUGAACAUAGGACUAAGCUUACAUCCAUAUGCCCCUCACACUUCAUUACUUCUAUAAGUUCCUUAUCUUUGUCUAGUCCACUCUCUUCAACGGAUUAAUGACCAGACUCAAUACAUUCUCACUCUUCAUCUUCAUCUGCAUCACUCAUUUCUUCACCGGCAAUGGUGAACAAGUUUCUCAUAGAGAAACACUCGAGAUAGUCAUUGGUGGUGGUGGUGCAUUACCAUCCCCACCACCGGAAGAUGAAUGUUGCCCCCCUCCACUUCCCCCUCCUUGCCCACCUCCCCCUCCCCCACCCUGCCCUGAACCAAUGCCGCCACCACCACCACCACCAUCCCCACCACCACCACCACCACCAUCCCCACCACCACCACAACCACCAUCCCCACCACCACCACCACCACCAUCCCCACCACCACCAUCCCCACCACCACCACCACCACCAUCCCCACCACCACCAAAAAAACCACGCUCACCACCAAGAAAUCCACCACCAAGAAAUCCACCACCAAGAAAGCCACCACCAUCAGAUGGAUUCGAGAGCCAACGACUGAAGCUAGUAUACCCAGUAAUUCGAGAAUUCAAAAAAUUAAUUGUAGACGAUCCCCUCGGAAUUACAAAUACAUGGAAGGGCAAAAAGAUUUGCCGAGAUUAUAAAGGAUUCAAGUGCGACAUCCGCCCGGAUAUCAAAAAAUUGGCCCUCGCGGGCGUCAAGUUUAACAACUUUAAUUUCGGUGGCCCCAACCUAACCCUCACCCGCUUCCUCUCCCGCUUGCCGGACCUCGUUUUCUUCCAUGCAAACUCAAACAACUUCACCGGCUCCAUACCCACCAAUCUCGACAAAUUAAAAUACUUCUACGAGCUCGACCUCAGUAACAACAAAUUCUCCGGCAAAUUCCCCAACGAAGUCCUCAAAGCCAACAAGUUACUCUUCCUUGACCUCCGGUUCAACGCCUUCGAAGGCACAGUUAAUCCUGAAGUCUUCAAUCUCAACCUCGAUCUCCUCUUCAUCAACAACAAUAAUUUCAUCCAAACCCUCCCCAACAAUCUUGGUAAAACGACGGCGCUUUACCUAACCCUAGCUAACAAUAAGUUUGUUGGUGGGAUUCCUCCAAGCAUUGGUCAAGCUUCCAAUACUCUACUCGAGGUUCUUUUCUUAAACAACCAGUUAACCGGUUGUUUACCGUAUCAGAUCGGGCUUUUGAAGAAAGCAACUGUGUUCGACGUUGGAUUUAAUAUGUUGCAUGGCCCGAUCCCUCACUCGUUUCAGUGUUUAGAGAAAAUGGAGCUUCUGAACUUGGCAGGCAAUAAGUUCAAUGGUGUGGUGCCUGAGGAGGUGUGCAGCCUGCCGAAUCUGUCGAAUUUUACGCUUUCGUAUAAUUAUUUCACUCAGGUUGGUCCACAGUGUCGGAAGCUGAUUAAGAAAGGGGUUCUAGACGUGAGGAUGAACUGCAUUUUGGAUCUUCGGAACCAAAGAACUGCGGCCGAGUGUGCUAGUUUCUUCACCAAACCUCAUUCUUGUCCAAACGAAAGAUCUCUUAAUUACGUACCGUGCAAAGGAGGGCUUUCUGGUGCUCAGAUAAUGUCUUCGGAUAUUCAAUCGCCAGCGUCGGCACCCGAGCUGGCGCAGGCUCCACGAAGGGGAACUUACGGAGCUCUUUCGCCGCAUUAACUCAUCUUGUGGCGACCACCGUAUAGUUAGGUGUAAAGCGGUCAAAGUGAAAGCCUGUUUUUUUUUUUUUUUUUUUUUUUUUAUUUUAAGUACGUGAAAAUAAUUGGCCUUGUUCAUGUAGUCUCGGAAUUAAUUGUUGUUUCUUUCAAAUUAUAUACAUGUGAAUUUUUUGUA